UUCAGUCCCCAGAUGUGAGAACGAUACAGACUGGCUGCCAAAGAUCCCAGAAUGAUCAGAUUUGGAGACAUCUUGAAGGUGAUCGGAGAAUUCGGGAGGUUUCAGAAAUGGCUGGUGCUGCUGAUCUGCAUCCCCAAUUUCCUGACUCCCUUUCACAUGUUCGGACAAGUCUUCAUUGUCAUGGACGUGCCUCACCACUGCAACACGAACUGGAUCCUUAAUAUUACCCAAAACCUGACCCAAGAGCAGCAGCUGAACUUGACCGUUCCCAGGAAACCAGAUGGCUCUUUUGAGGAAUGCUCCAUGUUUACUCCUGUGGAAGGCGAUAUCGAUUCAAUCAUAAAAGACGGACGAAAUUCCACGGAAGCCUGCCGAGAUGGCUGGGUGUAUCCCACAGAUCCAAAGCCGUCGUUGCUGACAGAGUUCAACUUGGUCUGCGACCGAAAGGACUUAAAAGACAUCUCUCAAUCCAUUUACAUGUCAGGUCUUCUUGUGGGAGCUUUGGUCUUUGGCCCACUGAGCGACUGGAUCGGAAGUCAACGGAUGAUCUUGCUCACCCUUCUCCUCAUGGGCGCCUUUGGUGUCGGGGCAGGCUUUGCGCCAAAUUUCUACCUCUACAUCGCCUUGAGAUUCAUCGUGGGCGCUGCUUUUGCCGGGAUCAGUAUCAGCAUGGCAGCGUUAACUUCAGAGUGGGUCGGGCCUUCCUAUCGCCCGCUUGCGAUGAUCAUCAGCCACUGCAGCAACGCUCUUGGGCAGAUGGCCUUGGCUGGCUUGGCGUACGCCAUUCGUGACUGGAGACUCUACCAGAUUGCUGGCUCUGCUCCAGCAUUCGCCCUCUUUUUUUACAUUUGGGUUCUUCCCAAGUCUGCGCGAUGGCUUGCGACAAAAGGGAAGGUCGAGGAAGCCAAAAAGGAGCUUCGAAAAGCCGCUUCCAUUAACAAACGAACCGUCUCAGAAGAACUACUCAACCAGCUCACUCCAGAAGAGAAGGUGAAAUCUGGGAAUAUCCUGGAUAUUUUCAAGAAGCCACAUCUAAGGAUUUUGACUUUAAUCAUGGUCAUAGUCUGGUUUGCAGACAGUCUUGUGUAUUACGGAGUGAGCCUUCAUGUGGGGGAUUUUGGCUUGGACAUCUACAUGACCCAGCUUGUGUUUGGAGCUGUGGAAAUACCAUCUCGAGCCUCCUGCAUCUUCCUCCUCCAGUGGAUGGGAAGGAAAAAAUGCCAGGCUGCUUGGCUCCUCCUGAGCGGAGUCGUGUGUUUGCUCAUCCCUGCUAUUCCAAAAGACUUCCCUGUGAUCGUGACGGUCCUGGCUGUUAUUGGCAAGUCUGCGUUGGCCGCCUCCUUUUCAACCACCUAUGUGUUUUCUGCAGAAGUCUUUCCCACUGUUGUCAGGCAAAGCAGUUUAGGCUUGUGCUCCAUGGCUGCCAGAAUAGGGGGCAUCCUUGCUCCGCUUGUGGGUCUCCUGGACAAGUUCCACCCUGCGAUUCCCAUGGUGAUCUUUGGGGGCAUAGCACUGGCCGCGGGAAUCCUCUGCUUCUUCCUUCCUGAGACACGGAACCAAGAUCUCCAGGAUGACACCGGCAAAUCCCCAGCCAGUCAGAGGUCCAAAAACGCUCUUGGGGAAAAACCCGCGCAGAAAGAAGCUGGCGAAACGAAAGAACAUACCAACAGCACAUACCUCUAGCAGAAACAUCACAUCUCCUUGCAGUCCAAAGAAAUAGUGGGACAUCUGUGGAAGAUUUUAGCAGGCAAAUGAUGUGGGCAUAUCUCUCGAUUGUUCACCCGCCGUUCUCAGGUUGCCUAGGAAAACAUGCAGCCCUGCAAGUCCCAAUGAUCCAGAUAUGCACCUAGGCAACGCAGGUCCCGUGCCCCUUUAAAACAGCCUCCCAGUCACACCAGUCAGGAUUGCCAUUCCUUUUCAUCCAGCAGGGAUGAGGAACCAGUCGCCCUCUGGAUAUUAUUGGACUUCGAUUCCCAUCAUCCCUGCCAAGGGUCAUACUGGCUGAGGCUGAUGGGAAAUGAAGUCCAGCAAUCUCUGGAGAGGCACAGAUUCCCCAUCCCUGUUAAGUAAAGUCUCUUUUUCUGACUGGUUCAGGCUGGUAUAUUUCAUGU